AAGCGAAGAGAGCAUUCGGUGGCGAGCGGCGUUUCUCAGUGGUUGUGUUGAGUACCAGGCGAAUCGUGUCAGCCGAACGGAUUGCGAAACUCCCGUCCCGACGCCAUAUUCCUUUGUGAUAUCCAGUUAGAAUUCCGGAAACGUAGCCUUUUUUUUAGAGAGAACUUGCCGGUUUCUGUAUUCAGUGAAGAUUCGCAGGUGAUCUCGAUAAAAGUUUUAGUAAUCAUGAACGAAACCUUCGGGAGCUGUAACGAAUCGAGUAACUCGCGUGGUGAUGGCCGAGGUCAUAUUAAUUUGUAUCUCGAUGAGGACUGAUGGGAAACCUUCAUCCAUCGUCGCCGUUUACUUGUGCGAACGACGAUUUUUGAUCGCGAUCGAACGAUUUUUUGAGUUGGUAGCAAUAUAAUCCGAGAAGUGUUAACCUUGGAAAUUACGUUGUUCCGAUUACAUCUGAGUCUGUUGGAUUGUAGGUGUCUGAAUCGAAGACAGCAAAUCAUUUGAAAAACCAUUUUCUACGCGUUUCGCGGCAGAUUUUUUCGUUAUUCGGUGUGGGUGCUUAAUCCCUCCGGAAUCCAUCGCUUAAUUUUCUGUGAUUGUUCGCGUGUGAGGCAUACCCCUUAGCAAUCAUGAGUUGGCAAGAUUACAUUGACAAGCAACUCAUCGGAUCUUCAUGUGUGAAAGAAGCUGCGAUUUGCGGACUCGACGGAAACGUUUGGGCCCGUUCUGGUGAAUUUGCCGUGACGAAGGAUGAAGUGAGUGCGUUGCUGGCGGGCAUGAAGGACUCGAGCCAGUUUUACGCCAAUGGAGUUCGGAUCGCAGGCAAGAGGUACAUUUACUUGUCGGGCAGCGACAAUGUGGUUCGCGCCAGGAAGGAGGUUGCUGGCCUGCACUGCGCCAAAACUAGCCAAGCGGUGAUAAUCGCGGUGUACGAGGAGCCGAUCAAGCCGCAACAAGCUGCGUCGGUCGUCGAGUCGCUAGGGGACUACUUGACCAAGUGCGGUUACUAGGAAGGAUUUGUCCGUCUUUUUGCAACGUCGACGUCGUCGUCCCGACUCGACUGUGCGUUUCUCUCUCUCUCUUUCUUUCUUUCCUCAUUCUCCCGUCUUGCUUUCUCUUUGUUUCUUUCUUUUAUCACCACUCGUUCUUCGUCAUCUUCUCCGGACGUCCGCCGACUGAAGCCCCGUCUGUUUUUCUUUGUUUUUUUUGGCUUAUUGCACUACUCGUCUUGAUGAUUUUCUUGAAGAAGAAGCAAAAAUACUGCCGCCGCAUUUACGAGUAUUUCGUGCCGGGCUCUUCUUUUUUCUUGCUCCUGUCUCCGUUUCCUGCUGCAGCGAAAACAUUUGUGUAACAUUACAACGGCGUGUGUCGAACGUUGGCUCAAAAGAAGAAAGAAGAAUGCGGAGGAGAUUCAAAUUUAGGAGGAUCCUUUUUUGUUUCUUGGCUUUGGAUUUUGGACGUGCGUUGAUUCAUUUUUUGCAAUAUGAGAGCGAAAGAAUGAGCGAGCGAGAGAGAGAGAGAGAAAGGAAAAGAGGUGUGGGGCAAAGUUGAAUUUCUCAUAAGUGUCGUCUCGAGUUCCAACCAACUUGUUUUGAAUUUUAGAGCGAUGAAGAAGAAGAAGACGAGUGUGGGGAUCCCCUUUUUUUAAUAUUUAUUGCUUCGAGCAAAGGUUUUUUUUUUCUUCCUCUCUGUGUGCGUUGCGUUUUUUUUCACAGGCUCGAGCCUAUUGUUGGUCUUUCAGGGACACGCUUGGGAAGGAAGAGAGAGAGAAAAAGUGAGUCUUGUCAUAGAAAAGAGAGGAGGUGGAAACAAUCUGGAAAAGGAAGGCGGCGUUUCUAGUUUGGUUGUCCCUGAAAGGUCGAGCAGGUCACGAUUUUUCCGCUUUUUUGUUUGUUUCGUGGGUGUUUGUGAGUGUGCGUGUGCCAAAAUUGUCUGCUUUGUCUGCUGCAUUUUUUUUUUUUUGUUCUCGCUUUGCGCGAAUGAGCGAGACUGACUGACUGCUUGUGUAGGCUCUUUGCAGCCCGGUGUGUGUCAGCCAUUUUUUUGAUUUCCCUGUACCGCGCGAUUUUUCCGUAACCUAGUGAAGAGGGAUUUUUAAUUCUAAGUUGGUAACGUUUUAUUUUUUGUCGAUUUGAUUGAUUGAUUGCCGCGUUCCGAUCGGAGUUGGUUGGGUCUUCCUUUUUAUUUUUCUCGGUUUUUUUUCUCUCUCUCUUUCAUGUGAUCUUCCAGGCAGUCAAAAAGUGUUUCGUCCAAUUUUCUCGCUGUUUUUCGUUUUUUUUUCUAAGUACUGUACUGUCAUGUAUGUGACUGAUGGAGAGGGGAAGAGUUGAGAGAGCAGUAUUUCUCUUGAGUCUGGGUAAACGUUUUCGUUUCUCUUGCUGCAAAAUUCCUUCUGUCGGUGAAAGAGAGCGGGGAGGGAAGUGAACGAUAAUCAAGCUUCGUAAAAGGCAUGAUAAAAGGCUGAGAACAAGUGCGGUGAAAAAUGAAGGGUCAUUUGUUGGCUUGAAAAAAAAAGGAA